AUGGGGAAGAGGCUGAAAUCGGAUAUCGAGACAGCCCAUGGGCCCUUCCUUGCACCAUCACCACCCUCGCAGCCCUUCUUCACCCCACCAGCACCAGAGCCAUUUUUCUCUUGGCUCAUGCCCCUCAUUUUCGCGGCAGAUAUCGGGAUUUUUGUGUACACGAUGUACGUCAAUGACUGUCCGUCAACCGCCGGUGGAAUGGAUAAAUGCCUCUUCUCUGAAUAUCUGGGCAGGCUUUCCUUCCAACCCUUUAAGGAAAAUCCCCUCCUUGGACCCUCCAUCCCAACGCUAAAGAGACUAGGAGCCCUCAGUAGGAAAAUGGUGGUGGAGGAUGGUGAAGGAUGGCGCUUCUUGUCUUGCAUAUGGCUUCAUGCCGGAGUCAUCCAUCUAGCCACCAAUAUGAUGAGCCUCCUAUUCAUAGGAAUUCAGCUUGAACAAGAAUUCGGAUUCCUGAGGAUAGGGCUUUUGUAUGUGCUUUCUGGCUUUGGAGGAAGCUUGAUGUCUGCAAUUAAAGCCAAAGGACAAACACCAAUGGUUUCAGUUGGUGCAUCAGGAGCAUUGUUUGGUCUCUUGGGAGCCAUGCUUUCUGAGCUCAUCACAAACUGGACUAUCUACGCAAAUAAGUGUGCAGCACUUAUGACUCUUGUAAUGGUCAUCGGCCUAAAUAUGGCGGUUGGUUUUCUACCUCACGUGGACAGUUCCGCACAUAUUGGAGGAUUCCUCUCCGGAUUUCUUCUUGGAUUCAUUCUUCUAGUCCGUCCUCAAUACGGGUAUGUAAGUCGCAGACAUAUUCCCCCAGGAUUUGAUACGAAGCAUAGGAAACCCAAGCACAAAUGCUUUCAAUACUUGCUGUGGGUUAUAGCUCUAGUAUCCUUACUUCUCGGGUAAGAGCAAGAUUUUCUACCUUUCAACUGCUUAUUGAGAAGCUAAUGAUUGAAACAUACAACUUCGCUAAGUAUUCUCAAAUUGGCAGGUACUCAAUGGGCUUGGAUAAGCUAUAUGGUGGCCAUACAUUACAAAACAACCCUGUCCAGAGCAUCACUUAACAAGUGGUUGGUUUGUCAGUUGACCAUUUGGAUUCUUCAGGCAACACGAGUAGAAUGCUGGAAACAAAGUUUUCCGCUUAUUUAUAACAGAUGCCUUAAAUAUUGUUGAUAAUACAUAUAUUUCUAAAUCAUAAUAUUAUGGAUAUCGCUACAAAUUUUUUAUGCAUAAAUCUUUCGUAGUUCUCUCCGUUCGAAGUUCUGAUGUCUUUCAAAGGUAUAGAUGCCUGAACUGUGUAGCUAACUGGAAAACAAAUCGAGGAAUCUGAGAGCUUUUAUGUAUUGGAAGAUGAUAUAACUAGCACCAGAAAGCCUUUUCAGACAAGACAGAGAGAGGGCUUUUAUGGUGAUUACAGCAGAUUCUGGCUCAAGAAUUAAGCAUUUUUCAACUGAAAUAAAAUUUUAUUCGGUUGUAUUUGCAUCGGAAGUAAGUAUUCUUUCUUACACUUUCCUUGUCUGCAUAAGCUUUAUGGCAUAGUUUCAGGAACAUAACAAUCCGAUUACUGAUAGCACAAUUCAGAAGAUGUCCAAGC